AUAAGUUUGAAUAAAGGCACCUUUUUUUAUGUUGUAAACAAUCACUUUCUUUUUCUUUAUUCCUUUUUCUUUUUUUUAAAACGUUUUUUCGUCUCAACUUGUGUGAAUAAAACACUGUAAUUGAUCAUCUUGCAACGUAUUAUUUGUCAACUAUGUCUCAAAGACACACUAGCAAUCAUAAAAGCAACAAUAAUAACAAUGCCAGAAGUAGAACUCGAAAGACAAGAACACGAACAAGUCUUUACUCUGAUGAGGACAGCAGUGUGAGCGAUGGCAAUUCAACAACAAGGUGCAUAUGUAAGCAAAGCCAUAGUGCUGGUCUUAUGGUACAAUGUGACAAAUGUGAGGUAUGGCAGCACUGUUCCUGUAUGGGCUUGCAAGCAGAAAAGUUACCAGAACAGUAUUACUGUGAACUCUGUCGACCUGAUUUUCAUCAACUCAUAAAGAACCCGAACGGAAGACCAAAGCGACUUUAUGAUGCAACAGGUACGGAUUCAGCACCAUCCGAUAAUAAAAUCUCCGAAACAAAAGGGCCAAUCAAACGACGCCGAAAGACAAAUACCAGAAGUACGACAUCAGCAACAGCAACAGCAACUUUAAAUGUCACGCCUUACUGGAACCACACGGAUGGUAAGCCUAACGAGGAACCACCUAUAUCUGCCAAAGUGAAAUACCCAAAUUCCAAAAUGACAAUUACGGACAUGAACAAGAGAACGCAGCAGAUCAUGGAGUAUCUGAUGAAAUUAAAGAAUGAGCAACCGCUUAUUCAAACACCCGGUAGAUCAAGAUCCUAUUCCACGUGCUCCUCCCUUAGCAGUGUCUCGACCCCAACAGACGGUGCUCCUUUGACACCUACACUUUCUGGAAAAGACGAUGAAGAAGAAUCAAUAGAAUUGAUUGAAAAAAUAAGUAAAGAUAUCAUAGAGUUUCAACAAAGAUUUGGAAUUGUAAACCAACUGUAAAUAUGCACACACGUCUUGUCUUUCUCCCUUUUUCUAGACACAGACAUACAUCAUCUCCCUAUAUAUGCUACUUGGUUCCAUAGUGAUAUAAAUAGAAAACCA